AUGAGCUACGAUCCGGAAAAAGCAGCAGGGCCUAGUUCCCUCAAGAAGUCGUCUGUCGACUCGUUUGAAAAGUCGUUGGAAGACCAUUCCGGCACCGCUGAGCUCCUGAGCCAGAAGCUAGGCUUCCUCCAUAAGAUGGCGGUGUUUUUGAACGCCGAAACCAAGGGUGUGGAUUUGAUCACCGACGAGGAGAAGACCGACGACUCCAUUUUGAACGCAGCCACCAUGUGGUGGUCUGCCAACUUGGUCAUUGCCACGUUCUCGUUGGGUGCUCUUGGAAUCACCGUUUUUGGGUUGGACUUCUGGACCUCGGUGUUGACCAUCAUCUUCUUCUCGCUCUUGGGUGUGUUGCCAGUGGCGUUCUUUUCCACCUUUGGCCCCAAGCUCGGGUUGAGACAGAUGAUUUUGUCCAAGUUCUUGAUGGGCAACUACGCCAUGAGAAUCUUUGCGCUCAUCAACUUGGUGGCAUGUGUGGGCUGGGGUGCCGUCAACAUCAUGGCGCUGGCCCAAUUGCUCCACAUCGUCAACAACGGCACACUUCCCCCAUGGGCCGGCUGUCUCAUUAUUGUGGUGUUGACCAUUUUUGUCAGUCUUUGCGGCUAUCACGUUAUCCACAUCUACGAGAAGUGGAGUUGGAUCCCCAACGCCGUGGCAUUUAUCGCCAUCAUCGCCAGAAUGUCCAUCUCCAAGAACUUCACCUUUGGCCACAUGGUCGGGGGCGCCAACACCGCUGGCUCGGUUUUCUCGUUCGGAGGUGCAGUAUUUGGCUUUGCCACUGGCUGGACCACCUACGCAUCCGACUACACCGUCUACCAGCCUAGAAACGCCAACGCCACCAGAAUCUUCUUCGGUAUCUUGGUCGGCUUGUGGGUGCCUCUCUUGUUCACCCUCAUUUUGGGUGCUGCCUGUGCCACUGGCACUUUGACUGACGAGGUCUGGGCCAAGAACUGGGAGGAGAACUCGGUGGGUGGCUUGGUGUACUCCAUCUUGGUCGUGGACUCGUUGCACGGGUUCGGCCAGUUCUUGUGUGUGCUUUUGGCGUUGUCCACAGUUGCAAACAACGUGCCUAACAUGUACUCGAUGGCGCUCUCAUCCCAGGCAUUCUGGUCGCCUUUGGCCAGAAUCCCCAGAGUGGCCUGGUCGUUGGUUGGUAACUUUGCCACCCUCGCCAUCUCCAUCCCUGCCUACUACAAGUUCGACAGCUUCAUGUCCCAGUUCAUGAGUUUGGUGUCGUACUACUUGGCCAUCUACCUGUCGAUUUGCUUGAGUGAGCACUUUAUCCACAACAAGGGCGACUUUGCUGCCUACGACUACGAGCACUACAAGGACCCCAGCAUUUACUCCAAGGGUAUUGCGGGUAUUUUUGCCUUCUGCUGUGGUGUUGCUGGUGUUGUGGUGGGUAUGGCCCAGGAGUGGUACGUCGGUGUUCUUGGACGCAAGAUCGGAGAGCACGGUGGUGAUAUCGGUUUCGAGUUGGCUUUCGCCUUUGCUUUCAUUGGUUACAACUUGGUAAGGCCGUUUGAAAAGAAGUACACCGGCCGUUAA